AUGUCCGCCCCGUUCAGCAUCCAAUGCUUCACCUGUGCCAAAUGCAAGCGCCUUUUCAACGCCAGCGCCGAGCAGAACGCGAUGGUGAUCAACAACUCGACCGGCGCCGUCGUCUGCCAGGGAUGCGCCGAGCCCGGAAACACGAGCUCCCUGGCCCCGUAUCUGCAGAUGAUCCAAGAGGCCACCAUGGCGAUUCCGAAGCACGUGCCGGUGAAGCCGCGCGACCUUGAAGCCCAGACCAGCCAAACGACCCGCCAAAACCAACAAGAGAAAUCGAUCCGCAUCUACGAGACGAUGACGCAGCUGAACAUUAUGGAUCGAAUUCUCUACGACGCGCAGCGCCAGGGCCGCAUCGCCUUCUACAUGACCAAUUCCGGGGAGGAGGGAAAUCACGUGGGCUCGGCGGCGGCCCUCGAAGAUCAAGAUCUCAUCUACGGACAGUAUCGCGAGGUCGGGGUCCUGAUGUGGCGCGGCUUUCCCGUCGACCAAUUUAUGCACCAAUGCUACGGCAAUUCCAAGGAUCUCGGCAAAGGCAAGCAGAUGCCGAUCCACUACGGCUCCCAGGAGCACAACUUCGUCAUGAUCUCCAGCCCGUUGAGCACCCAGAUGCCGCAGGCCGUCGGCAGCGCCUACGCGUUCAAACGACAGCCGAACAACUCGCGCGUGGUGUGCGUCUACUUUGGGGAUGGUGGCGCUUCCGAGGGUGACGCGCACGCGGCCUUCAACUUUGCCGCAACCCUGGACUGCCCGAUCAUUUUCUUCUGCCGCAACAACGGAUACGCCAUCUCGACGCCCACCACCGAACAGUAUGGAGGCGAUGGAAUUGCCGGGCAGGGACCCGGAUACGGUCUCCACACCAUACGCGUUGACGGAAACGACCUAUUCGCCGUCUACAAUGCCACCCGACGCGCCCGAAAACUGGCCCUCUCGAAUAAACCGGUACUCAUCGAAGCGAUGACCUAUCGAUUGGGACAUCAUUCAACAUCUGAUGAUUCGACUACAUACAGAUCGGCGGACGAGGUGCAGAAAUGGGGCUCUGGCGACCACCCGAUCGAACGAUUCAAGGCCUAUUUGAUGGAGAAGGGAUGGUGGACCGAGCAGAGGGAACAGGAAUGGGCACUACAGGUUCGCGAGCGUGUGCUGACGGCGUUCGCCGCAUCCGAGAAAAUCCAGCGUGCCCCCUACCACGAAAUGUUCGAGGGAGUCUACGAUAAGCUGCCGGCCCCUCUUCGUCGCCAGCGCCAGGAGCUCGACGACCAUCUCGCCGAAUUCGGAACGCACUAUCCGCUGGAUCGCCAUCUCAAGAAGUAU